GUUUCUUCAAUUCUUGAUAAUGUCACUUACUGGAAAAAUUAGCACUGAACUCCCAGUUCAUGCAACUGCAGACAAGUGGUUCCACAUCUUAACCAAAAAGCUCCAUCAUGUUCAACACGUUGCUGGAAAAGUUCAUGGAGCCAAACUCCAUGAAGGUGAUGAUUGGCAUACCAAUGAUUCGGUCAAACACUGGACUUAUACCUUAGACGGUAAGACAGUAACAUGUCUCGAAACUAUUGAAUCGGUUGAUGAGCAGAAGAAAACAAUUGUAUUCAAGCUGUUUGGUGAAGCUGUGGAUGGUAAAUAUAAGCCCUUGAAGCUAAUCUUUGAAGCCAUAGAGAAGGAUGGUGGCAGAACUGCUAUCAGAUGGAGUAUUGAAUAUGAGAAGCUGAGAGAGGAUGUUCAUCCCCCAUAUGCCUACUUAGAAUUAUAUGACCAUGUUAUUAAGGAUGUUGAUGCUCAUAUUGUCGAGGCUGAAAAAAAUGCCACCAAAUAAGAAUUGAAAGAAGGGAGUGGCCAAAGAUUAUGCUCAUGUAUUACAAGUAGCUGUGUUUGAUGUGGAGAAAUAUAAUACUUAUAGUUUGUGUAAUAACUUAAGAUCCAAGGGGGUCAUAUAUGUCAAUAAGGUAUUAAGGUGUUGAAUAAAAGGAUAUCUUUGGUCUGCUUUUGUUUUGUCA